AUGUCGAGCACAACCUUUUGUCAUGCGAUCAAUUGCACCGACUUGAAGGGGAACUUCCUCGAGCCUUAUGCAGACAUCUCGGGCACUGGUGUGCUCAUAGGGUUUAUUGGAACUGCUUAUCUCGUCUUAUUACUGGUCACUGUCAGCUACUUUCUGGCAUUUGACCCAAGCGAAAAUCCGUUCAAGGGCCGCGUGACUGCCUAUGAGGAUGCUGAAGACCCCCACUGGAAACCAAAUCCAAUCGACCAAAGAUUCAUCGCCUGUUUACGAAAGCCCUCGGUGCUGAUGUCCAGCACACGUGAGCGACUUCAAUCUGCGUUCGACGAGGCAUAG